GGUUGUGGGUCGUGUUGUUCCAGCUGCAGGCAGAACAGGCUUGAUUUGUUCACUGCAGAAUAACAAAAGACUUUGGAUUAUUCGCGUGGAGGAGUUCUGGAGCUCGGGUUUCCCUCGGAGCGCUGCGGCGUCCUCGCUUUGCCCGGUGUUACGGCGGUAGUCGUGCCCUCGCUGACGCCCCCAGCCGGUGUUACGGAUGUUUCGGUCUCUGACGCUGACGUCCGCUCAUUGCUGAAUAUUUUGACUCCGGACCAGGAAGUGGGAGCUUCACGUCCAGCUAGCCGUCGCCUUCCGCGAUGAGAGCGCAGAAGACCCGGAAAACUUAACCUCCACGGUCCAGACUUGGCUGUAAACCUCUUAACGUGGGCGCGGAUGCUCUGAACCGAAGGUUCGAAGCCGCUGUGCGAGGCCGCGUGCGCUGUUGAGACUUGGUGCUCGUCCAUCUGGCAGGAUCGUCGCGCGCUAGCAUUUAGCUGGUAGUUCCCGUUAGCAGGUCGGCGAUGGCCGAGGCACACGGAGCCUGUUUGGUGACCGGCUUUCUCCUCACGCUGCUGCUGACCGGGGGCGAAGCGAGGAUACACAAGCUCACCCUGACGAAUGAAACUCGCUUCGCUGUGGACCUCAACAACUUUGGUUUCUACGCUAACGGGACUCUCAAUGUCACACUGUCUCACCUCCGAGUCCCAGAUGGGCAGGUGGACUACAGCACGCACCCGGUUGGGUUCAGCCUGUCGAGGUCACGUGUUAAUGGAGUCCUGUCCUACACCGCGGAGGAGACGGACACAUGCCCGCUCACGCUCGCAAAGUCCAACAACGACGAGCCUCUCAUCCUUUUCAUCAUCGAUAUCAAGAACCUCAGUGUCAACGUGACGACGAUGGGAAUCCAAGACAACAUCCUCAUAUCAAAGCCGAAGGCCGAGGUCACGAAAGUGCAGAGAAAAGCCAGGGACGCUCCUGAUAACGCUGCUGUAGCUCAACCAGCAGACACUGGGGAGCAAACUGCCAUAAAGCCAGAAGACGAGUCAAAAGAAAUCCCAAAGAGCAACGAGGAGUCUGCCGUCCAGAAGAAGGACGACGGUCAGCCGGAAGAAAAGCCGAACCACGAGGCCGAAGCCAAGGCUGAAACAAGAACCGAAUACAACCUGAGCCUGCCCAUGCAGCCCACGCUGGCUCUGGAGGUCAAUCAGAGCUUCUACGGCUUCAGCUUCCUCAUGAAGGUGGGCCCCAAGGCCGAGGGCCUGUACAGCCUCAAGUUCCACUACUGCAGGAACAGGAUGCCUGGACCCAAGCAGCCCUACUCCUUCACUGUGGAAGUGACAGAGAAGAAUCCGGGCGGCUUCCUGUCGGCGGCUGAAAUCCCUCUGUCGCGGCUCUACAUCUGCAUGGCCGGCGUGUUCUUCACGGCGGCGCUGGUCUGGGUCUACACACUCAUGAAGCACAGGUACAGCGUGUUUAAGAUCCACUGGCUGAUGGCCGCUCUGGCGUUCACCAAGUCCAUCUCGCUGGUUUUCCACAGCAUCAACUAUCACUUCAUCAACACGGAGGGCCAUCCCAUCGAGGGCUGGGCCGUCAUGUACUACAUAACACACCUGCUGAAGGGCGCCCUGCUGUUCAUCACGCUGGCUCUGAUCGGCACCGGCUGGGCCUUCGUCAAAUACAUCCUGUCCGACAAGGAGAAGAAGAUCUUCAUGAUCGUCAUUCCUCUGCAGGUCUUGGCGAACGUGGCCUACAUCAUCAUCGAGUCCACGGAAGAGGGCUCCAGCGAGUACUAUCUGUGGAAGGAGAUCCUGUUCCUGGUCGACCUCAUCUGCUGCGGAGCCAUCCUGUUCCCCGUUGUCUGGUCGAUCCGUCACCUACAGGAAGCUUCCAGCACCGACGGUAAAGCCGCCAUGAAUCUGGAGAAGCUGAAGCUCUUCCGGCAUUACUACGUGAUGAUCGUGUGCUACAUCUACUUCACGAGGAUCAUCGCCAUCCUGCUGAAGAUCACCAUGCCGUUCCAGUGGCAGUGGUGCUACGAGUUCCUGGUGGAGGUUUCCACUCUCAUCUUCUUCGUGUUGACGGGCUACAAGUUCCGGCCGGCGUCCAACAACCCGUACCUGCAGCUGCCGCAGGACGAGGACGACGUGGAGGCGGACGAAGUUGUGACCGAGUCGGGAGCGAUGGAGGGCAUCUCCAAAGUGAAGAAGACGUCAAACGGACGCGAGCGCCAGAAAGAGUCCACCUUGUGAGCGGGACGCUGCAUUCCUGAGAGAGAUCAACUAAAGCUCCCCUCCCCCUCCCCCCUGACCCCCCCUGACCCCUGACCCCCGCCACGCGGCCAGCUGGUGUACCGGGAGCACACAGGACCGAGGCCUCCCCAGACCCAGCGGCCGCGCUCCCGGUUGAAACUCUUUGAAGUGGAUGCAGUGGACACGCCCACUGUCUGGCUAUGCAACAAAAAAAAUAAAAGAAAGAAAAAAGGAGAAAAAAAAAACGGCUACAAAAAAAAAGAGAAAAGUGACUUUUUGGACGCUCUGUUUCCGUGGAGCGGCUGAAACGACUCCUCCCUCAUGAAGUGGAGCUCAGACGUUCUUUAUAGUUUUCAUCUCUCUUUCUCCAAAGAUAACGAUGGUUUUAGAGGAAGACGUUGCUUUCGGGUGUGUUUCUUUCCGCCGGCCUCUCCGCUCUACCUUUCGGUGUGAUGUUUAGUACACAGGUGUGUGUGUGAACGUGAGGCAACGCGACAUUUUUUUAGAAGAGAUUUCCCCGCCCUUUGGAGACAAAAGCCCGCACUCAGGUAAAAAGGCUAAUCGGUGUAAUUUGAAUCUGCAGUUCAGGGGCGGUAACAUCCCACCAGUCAACGAUGCAGCUUCUCACACACACACACACACACACACACACACACACACACACACACACACACACACACUCUACUGUGUGUGCUACUUCUUGCUUUGAUUUGUAGACUGAAACCUGAGGGUGUGAGAGGUUGCGGCCUCCAGUAUAUCGACUUCCUGUUCUGUUUCAGUAUUAUGGUUUGUGUCGGGGAGCCCGGCGUCCCUCCUGGUCCCUCACUGGGGCCACUGCUGUAAUUUAGUGCUUUGAUGGUUGUGGCUGCCCCGGCGGUGACAUUUGGAGCUCUUCAUGAAUGAACAGGUUUUCUGAAGCAGUCCGAGCAGCGGCCCCCAUUUUGACGGCCUUGUUCUUAUUCUCUCUUUUUUUUUUUUUUUUAAAAUUUCCCUCCUUUUUGGCGUCGCAGUGCUGAUCAGGGCGGAGAAGUGACCUAACAUUAUUUUACAAUCUGCCUGCUUUUCGAUCACUUUUGUUUUUUGCUCUUGAUGUGAAGCUUAUUUUAAUAAUUAUUGACGGAUUAUCAUGUCAUGGAAGGUCAUCUAGGUGUGCAGCCAAUUAUUUGUAAAUAAUUUAAGACUGUUGCUACAAAAAGGAGGCACAGAAUACUUUCAUAAAGGCAAAUCAGCAUAAAGGCUUUAUAGAGUGUCUUUUUUUUUCUUACGUUUUCGACCCAGGUUUGGUUUCAGUGAGAUAUUUUCGACUCCUUUUUUGUAGACGGACGUUUGAGGGAAGACUCUUGCGAUCGGGCCGCCCCGGCUCCUGUUUCAGGGAUGACCGAGCCGUGCCGUGUUUACAGGCGGGUGGCGUGUCUCCAGACUGCGUGCGGAGGGAGGGUGGUGGAGGCGGCGAGCCGCCGGUGACCUUUCACCUCACCUCACCUCACCUGGGCUCGGCGGACAGGGUCUUCUCCAUGUUGACGGAGGUUUUGGCUGUUUUGAUGUCUGUGUGAACUGUCACAAUAAAGCGGAGUUCUGGAAAGAUU